GCUUGGGCGCUCCGACGGCCGGUGCCCCGGCUCCCUUCCGGCGGCCCACGGCGUCGUAGUCCCCGCCGGGGUAGUGCUGGUCCCAGUAUCGCUUGGUCCACUGGAGGAACUCCAGGUUAUCCUGCAUGCGGCAUUUGGAGAGCAACUCCACGGGGAUGGGCUUGUCGACCUGGUGGCGUCCGAACACAUUCUGGAGGAUCUUGAAGUUCUGGAGAUAGGCGUAUUCGGUGUUCACGCUGAACUUGACUCGAGACAUGGGGACAUCCAUGAAAAUCGAGUCAAAGAUCUGGCAGAGCGCAGCACCAGUUCCGCAUUGCUCAAUCCUGGUGAUGUUCAGCUGCAGCAGGUUGUUCACCCACGCCAGCAGCUCUUGUCUGAUUCAUCCAUCAGUAACCCGGACAUCUCAACCGAUCGUGGGAUCACGGGGGACAAACCUAGACUCGCCCAUGGUGGGGUAAUGGAAAUGGAAAUAAAUAAACAAACAAACAAACGAGAAUAGGGGGCCCGGAAACGGUGGAUGGAAUGGAUGGGACGGAAUCAACCCAGAAAGAUAGAUGACACACCCGGUCUGGCGGAGAGUGGAGCAGAGAAGGGGAUUGAAAGUCAGGGGAGAGACGAGAGAUGGGAAGGAAGAGGAGGGAAA